AUGUCUUCACAUUCCGAGUCCUGUAGAAAAUCUCCGUUAGAGUUAUUCAAUGAUCCCACAAAAUCUUAUAUAAAUGUAUGCGCACCAAUGGUUAGAUAUAGUAAGCUACCGUUUCGUGAAUUGGUUCGUGGUUAUAAUGUAGAUUUAGCCUAUACUCCAAUGAUUUUAGCAAAAGAAUUUAAGAACUCGAGUUUUGCUCGUGAUUUUGAUUUUAGCACUUCUCCUACUGAUAAUCCACUAAUUAUACAAUUCGCAAGUAAUAAUCCAGUAGAACUUACUAAAGCUGCAGAGCUUGUGGUCGGAUAUGUCGAUGGAAUUGAUUUGAAUUGUGGGUGUCCACAAAAAUGGGCCUUAAAUGAAGGUAUAGGUGCUCAUUUGAUGGAUCGACCUGAGCUAGUAAAGGACAUGAUUCGAAUGGUUAAAGGUAGUGGUAAUGCUGAAGCUGUAGGUAUAGAUUUUAUAUCAAUCCACGGUCGUACGCGUCGCCAGAAAUCUACUACACCCAUUGAUCUAGAAACUAUAAAAUUUUGUAAAGAAUCUUUACAAAUUCCUGUAAUAGCAAAUGGUAGCAUCUUCUCCUUGAAAGAUGCAAAUUUAUUAUACGAGAAUACUAAAGUUGAUGGUGUGAUGGCAGCUCGGGGUAUACUUAAAAAUCCUGCAUUAUUUACAGGGUGUGAAAGUACACCUUGGGAAUGCAUGGAUAAAUUUAUUAAAUUAAGUCUAAGAUUGGGAACUACACAUUAUAUUUUCCAUCAUCAUUUGAUGUAUAUGUUUGAAGACUUUAUGAGCAAUGCUGAACGAAAAACAUUUAACACAUUGACUAGCAUACCAGCAAUUGUUGAUUAUUUAGAAAAAUAUUAUAAGUUACAA